AUGAAAGCAGCCCGAACGGACACGUUGACCUCGCAGCAGGCACCAAUCGAGUUGUAUAGCGAGGACUCAGGGUCGUGGAUGAUCACGGACUCACCGCAGGACGAGUCCCCGUUCCCCAUGGUGUACGAGGACCAAAAGAUGCGGUAUGUGUACGACGAUUACAUCGAAGGGGGUGCCCUCCGAAGUGGAAGUACACCGAAACUUUUUUCGCGGCAGUAUUUUGGACUCGUUGCGCAGUAUGCAGGUGUCGGCUUCAUUGACGGCGUUCUACCCAAUGUCAUCUACCCAUUCUUACAGAACUACCUCAACCUCCCCGGGUCACAAACCACCACAGCGUUCGUGCUCGUGCAGAUGCCGUGGAGUUUCAAAGUGUUCUACGGCAUCAUUUCCGACUGCUUCCCAAUCUGGGGCUAUCGUCGGCGGCCCUACAUCCUUGGUGGCUGGAUCUUCGCUCUUAUCAUGCUUGUGAUACUGUCGUGCACUCCUGAAAGCAAGCCAUACUUCACAGAUCCAGACUACCGAGACGUGAAGCCCGAGGACUACACGCCCGAGAUUAUUGCGACGAUCAACUACGACGCGGUCAACGACGGCAGUGUUUAUAUUAUUCCGAUGAUGGGAUGCGCCUUCGGGUACUUGCUGUCGGAUGUGUGUGCCGAUGGAAUCGUGGUGGAGUUGGCGCAGCGCGAGCCUUACGAGGUGAGAGGCAACACCCAGACGGUGAUCUACACCACGCGAACUGUAUUCAACAUGCUGGCGUAUAUCCUCUUGGGAUUCUGUUUCAAUGGCGAGGAAUAUGGCGGCGAUUUUGACUUCUCGCUGUCAUUCCCCAUGCUCAUGCUGAUUGUGACUAUUGUGCUUGCGCCGAUCGUGCCGGUUACCUGGUUCUUCCUUCACGAGGAGAAGAACGCUUUCGCUAUGAACUUUAACCACUACAUGCACACACUUUGGGAUAUUAUCAAGACGCGUGCCGUGUACCAGUACAUCGCUUACCAGUUUUUCUCGGGCAUUUUCGCGUCGUUCACGUAUUUGUCCAAAAACCCGGUCAUGAGAAAUUGGGCGGACGUCUCGCCCAUUCAGGAAAAAGUGGGUGGACUCUUAUCGACUGCCAUGUACGCUACAUCCAUUUAUUAUGCUGGCAACUAUGGACGCAGCUGGGACUGGCGUCGUACGGCAGCGGUGACAAUGGUGUGCUAUGUCUGUUUGGAUGCAUUCGUAAAGCUGUUGACAAUCUGGAAUAUCGCUCGCUCGCCAUACUUCUGGCUCGGAAUUCCUAUUCUUGAGCAGAUUCCACUGGGCGUGAUCUUUAUUGUGAGUUCAUUCAUCAUUGUGGAGCUUGCCACUGAGGGACAUGAAGGCGCCAUGUACGGCCUGCUCACGACGGUAUACAAUCUCGCCAUUCCAUUUGCGACCACCAUCACCCGCAACGUGGACAGUUUGUUUAAUCUGACCACAGAACGGAUUCAAAACGAUGCCACCAGUGUAAGAACCGACAUGACCAUGACGGUGCUCAUCAUGUGGACGGCCAACUUGUGCUCGCUCUUCUUUUUAGUGAUGCUACCGCGCCAGAAAGAGCAGACGCGCGCCAUGAAGCAACUGGGCGGCUCCAGCUAUUUCAUGGGCGUUGUGACCGUCUUGUAUCUCAUGUUUGCUCUACUGUGGACGAUCACAACGAGUCUGUUGAGUAUCUUCCCGAAUACAUCCUGUCUUGUCAUUGCAGGCGGCAACGGCUGUGACAACAAACCCGUCAGGCCGUAA